CGAAUCUCCCAGUCUCCACAGACCACCUACUGUAGCACUUGCUAAAACCAAAGUCAUCAUGUCCACCAGAGCUGUGAAGAGCACCAGCUACUCUGUGAGGUCCUCCUCUGCAGGCAUGGGGCCUCAAAACUUCAGCAGCAACUCCUUCUCCGACGGCUAUGGCGGCGGCGCCAGACAACAGAGCUACAGCGUCCGCAGCUCUUAUGGGGGCGUUGGCAGCAGUGCCGGGGGUGUGGCAGCAGGUGGCUAUAGGGUAGUUGGGGGGUACGUGGCUGGUGGGUCCGGGCAAAGAGGGGGCGUGAUGGAGUUUGGGUAUGCGGGCAUGGGUGUUGGUGGUGGUUUGGGAAUGGGUGGUGGUAUGGGGAUGGGGGGUGGGAAGAUGACAUGUACGGGACCCCCUCAAAUCACCGCUGUUCAGGUGAACAAGAGCCUGCUGGCACCCUUGAACCUGGAGAUCGACCCCAACAUCCAGGUGGUCCGCACCCACGAGAAGGAGCAGAUCAAGACCCUCAACAACCGCUUCGCUUCCUUCAUCGAUAAGGUCAGUUACUCAUGAGUUCUGAUCACACCAGGGUCAAAUGCAUAGUGCAUGCCAAAUACUUUCAUACACUUGAGCUGAGCUUGAUUUAGCUUGUCUUUUACAAUGGUGGAGUAGUCCUGAAGGUGCAAACCUCGCCCACUCUGCACAGCGGUCAAGCUAAAUCUAACUCACAUCAGGUAUUUUACAGCAUUGCACAGUAAAAUACCUGACCCAUGUCUGGUUUGUAUUAACUUGGCCUUUGGGAAGGGGCAGAUUCACUUGUGAUUUCGGUCAUCUGUUUUGGAUUUUUUAUGUUAGCUAUAACAAUUCCUUUUAACUUCAUCGAAUAAGCUCCCUGCUCCAGUCAAUCCGUACUGAAUAUACAUUGUGUGCAAAACAUUGUGCACAAAACUGAAUGUAUAUUGUCAACAAAACUAUGGAAAUACAUUCUAAGACUAAUUGGGUACUAUUUAGGCAUGCAAGAAUAUAAAUACAAACUUGGUUUUCAACAGAAAACCCUCCCGCACUGACCACUCCCCUUUUACUGUAAAAUAAAGAGUGGCAUGAUGGGCUCAAUUGGUAGAGCAUGGCGCUUGUAACGCCAGGGUAGUGGGUUCGAUCCCCGGGACCACCCAUACGUAAACAUUUAUGCACACAUGACUGUAAGUCGCUUUGGAUAAAAGCGUCUGCUAAAUGGCAUAUUAUUAUUAUUAUUAAAUAGGGCCAGAGGCACAAGAUGUGGUUGGUUGUAUGAAUACAGAGUUUGUUGUUUGGAAACCCCUUCUAGAAAUUAACUACUGACUCUUAAGUCCACAAAAUGAUAUAUGGUGACACUUUGUUGUCUGCAGAAUUUGUAGGCUACUAGGGUGCAGGAAUCUAUCUUGUCACAGGAUCCUGUCUGCUCAAUGUGCCAUUGUGGCCUACACACUCAAACAGGAUUUGGCAGGUUCACUGUCAGAUAUAUCAGCCCAUUCCUGCACAGGGCUUAUCAACUGUCAACUACAUUGAUUACAUGUUUCAAGCAUCCCUUAUUUGUAAAGUACCAAAGAAUUCAAGGAUCAAUUUACAGGUUAAGCCAUAAAUCAGUUAUGUUUACCGCCAGGUUAACCUAUGUGCGGCAUUCGACCCCCUCCUUGACCCCUCCUCCACACCUUAGAGAUACACACCCUCUGUUCUCUCCUCCAUGCUUGUGUUUGAGUGGAACCCCACCCAGGGGCAGGGGGUCAAAAGAAAACACUUGAACAACAUGAAUCAUGUGUGUAACUUUGAUUGAGAAAGAGUGCCACAUCAUGCUGAAACACGGUACUCUGCUUCAAUGACACACAUUUGUUUGUUGGCCAUUCAUUAGUCUGUACAUAAAUUCACACUUUUGCUCCAUCCAUUCAUGCAUAAUAUAUAUACAUGAAUUCAUACAUUAAUUCAUCCUGCCAUUCAUUCAUUUGUUUGUUCGUGCCUUCUAUCCAUCCAUCCACCCUUCCUUCCUCUCUCACCUUGGCCAUCCCUUCCUUCCUUCAUCCAGUCAUUCACAAGUUUCAGUCAAUGACACUGACCAUUUCCCUUUUUAUCCCUGCAGGUGCGUUUCCUGGAGCAGCAGAACAAGAUGCUGGAGACCAAGUGGAGCCUCCUGCAGGACCAGACCACCACCCGCUCCAACAUCGACGCCAUGUUUGAGGCCUACAUCUCCAACUUGCGCAGACAGCUCGACGGCCUGGGCAACGAGAAGAUGAGGUUGGAGUCGGACCUGCACAACAUGAAAGGGCUUGUGGAAGACUUCAAGACCAAGUGAGUGUGUUUGACAUUAAAAGUUAAAGGGGUAGUUCACUCAAAUUUGAUUAUUAUUGAACUACUUUCUUAACUUAAAAGUGGUGUAUGUUGUAUAGUUAGAAUUAAAACAUUUUGACUAGGAGGGACCCAAAUCUGAGUCUCAAAUACAGUGUUAUGAUUUCAAGGAGCUAUUGUUUUUGAUUGAAUAAAUUCAAAUCUUUAAUCCUAAACGUUCUUUAAUUUUAAGCUUGUCAGCAAUGUUUCUUGUUUGAUUGAUGGGCUUGCUCUAUUCUCAGGUAUGAGGAUGAGAUCAACAAGCGUACCGAGUCUGAAAACAACUUUGUUCUCCUCAAGAAGGUCAGUAGACUAAAUAAUUCUACAAGCCCCCCUACAUGGAUAACUUACAGUGCAUUGUUGCUUAACCACAAAAAUUGGCUGAAGUAGAAAAGUACAUGAACCAGGUAUGUUCUGCUAUGCUUUCUCAGGAUGCAGAUGCUGCCUACAUGAUGGAGAUGGAGCUGAAGGCCAAGCGGGACUGUCUUACUGAUGAGCUUGAGUUCCUCAGGACUAUCUAUGACGCGGUAAUGUACCACGUCUAUAUUGCAAUGGGAGAGACUGACAGAAAACAUUUGAAUGCCUAGCUCAGGGGUCUCCAACAGGUCGAUCGCAAGCUACCAGUAGCUCGAAGACCACCUAUGAGUAGCUCGCCAAACAAUUCUGAAAGUACAUGCAAUUUUCACGUGUUCCACCGCAAAAUGUGAUAAGCAAAUCUCACAAGUAUCAGACACUGCAAGCUCCCAGCUACUAUUUAAUCAGCGGAACUUGACAUUAAGAUAAUGGCGUCGGAGGGGAUGGCUGCCGUUUUACGGCUCCUAACCAACAGGGCUAUUUUGUAUGUUUUUUUGCAUUGUUUGUAAUUUGUUUUGUACAUAAUGUUGCUGCUACCGUCUCUUAUGACCGAAAAGAGCUUCUGGACAUCAGAACAGCGAUUAAUCACCUCGAACUGGAUAAAGAUUUUUCUUGAAUGAGUCCGAUACGAAGGAUAUACUGCUUCUCCGAGACCAGGCCCAAAUCCCAGUCAUUAUCGAGAAGAAAAGACAGAAAUACAGGGGGCGGAGAUCAAAUCAAAUCAAAAUGUAUUUGCCACAUGCGCAGAAUACAACAGGUGUAGACAUUACAGUAAACAGCAAAUAAUUAAAGAGCAACAGUAAAAUAAAAUAACAGUAGGGAGGUUAUAUACAGGGGGUACCGAAACAGAGUCAAUGUGCAGGGGCACCGGUUAGUCGAGGUAAUUGAGGAAAUUUUUACAUGUGGGUAGAGUUAAAGUGAUUAUGCAUAAAUAAUAAAUGGAGUAGCAGUAGCGUAAAAGAGGGGGUGGGGUGGGGUGGACAAUGCAAAUAGUCCGGGUAGCCAUGAUUAGCUGUUCAGGAGUCUUAUGGCUUGGGGGUAGAAGCUGUUAAGAAGCCUUUUGGACCUAGACUUGGCGCUCCGGUACCGCUUGCCGUGCGGUAGCAGAGAGAACAGUCUAUGACUAGGGUGGUUGGAGUCUUUGAUAAUUUCCAGGACCUUCCUCUGACACCUCCUGGUAUAGAGGUCCUGGAUGGCAGGAAGCUUGGCCCCAGUGAUGUACUGGGCUGUACGCACUACCCUCUGUAGUGCCUUGUGGUUGGAGGCCGAGCAGUUGCCAUACCAGGCGGUGAUGCAACCAGUCGGAAUGCUCUCGAUGGUGCAGCAGUAUAACUUUAUGAGGAUCUGAGGACCCAUGCCAAAUCUUGAGGGAGAAUAGGCUUUGUCGUGCCCUCUUCUCCACUGUCUUGGUGUGUUUGAUGUGUUCGGGGUGCCUUGUGAGAAUUCGUCGGCGAGUGGGUAACCCGCCUCUACCAUCCGUUCUAUUGUCCAACGUGCAAUCACCGGAAAAUAAACGAUGAUAUCCGUUCGAGACUAUCCUGACGGACAUAAAAAACUGUAAUAUCUUAUGUUUCACUGAACAACGACACGGAUAAUAUAGAGCUGGCUGGGUUUUCCGUGCAUCGGCAGGACAGAACAGCUACGUCUGGUAAGACGAGGGGUGAGGAUGUGUGUCUAUUUGUCAAUAACAGCUGGUGUGCGAUAAUAUUAAAGAAGUCUCGAGGUAUUGCUCACCUGAGGUAGAGUACCUCAUGAUAAGCUGUUGACCACACUAUCUACCAAAAUAGUUUUCAUCAAUAUUAUUCUUAGCCGUCUAUUUACCACCAAAAACCGAUGCUGGCAAAAAGACCGUACCCAACGAGCUGUAUAAGGACAUAAGCAAACAAGAAAAUGCUCAUCCAGAAGCGGCACUCCUAGUGGCCAGGGACGUUAAUGCAGGCAAACUUAAAUACGUUUUACCUCAUUUCUACCAGCAUGUCACAUAAAUAAUAUAAAUAAUAUGCCAUUUAGCAGACACUUUUAUCCAAAGCGACUUACAGUCAUGUGUGCAUACAUUUUUACGUAUGGGUGGUCCCGGGGAUCAAACCCACUACCCUGGCGUUACAAGUGCCAUGCUCUACCAAUUGAGCUACAGAGGACCACGUGUGCAACCAGAGAGAAAAAAAAACUCCAGACCACCUUUACUCGACACACAGACGCAUACAAAGCUCUCCCUCACCCUCCAUUUGGCAAAUCUGACCAUAAUUCUAUCCUCCUGAUUCCUGGUUAAAAGCAAAAACUAAAGCAGGAAGUACCAUUGACUCGCUCAAUUCGGAAGCGGUCAGAUUCAGGACUGUUUUGCUAGCACAGACUGGAAUAUGUUCCGGGAUUCAUCCAAUGGCAUUGAGGAGUAUACCACCUCAGUCAACGGCUUCAUCAAUAAGUUCAUCGACGACGUCGUCCCCACAGUGACCGUGCAUACAUAUCCCAACCAGAGCCAUGGAUUACAGGCAACAUCCGCACUGAACUAAAGGCUAGAGCUGCCGCUUUCAAGGAGCGGGACACUAAACCGGACGCUUAUAAAAAUCCUGCUAUGCCCUCAGACGAACCAUCAAACAGGCAAAGCGUCAAUACAGGACUAAGAUUGAAUCCUACUACACCGGCUCUGACGAUUGUCGGAUGUGGCAGGGCUUGCAAACUAUUACAGACUACAAAGGGAAUCCCAGCCGCGAGCUGCCCAGUGACGUGAGCCUACCAGACGGGCUAAAUGCCUUUUAUGCUCGCUUUGAGGCUAGCAACACUGAAGCAUGCAUGAGAGCACCAGCUGUUCUGGAUGACCGUGUGAUCACGCUCUCCAUAGUCAAUGUGAGCAAGACCUUUAAACAGGUCAACAUUCACAAGGCCGCGGGGCCAGACGGAUUGCCAGGACGUGUACUCCGAGCAUGCGUGGACCAACUGGCAAGUGUCUUCACUCACAUUUCCAACCUCUCCCUGACCGAGUCUGUAAUACCUACAUGUUUCAAGCAGACCACCAUAGUCCCUGUGCCAGAGAAAGCGAAGGUAACCUGCCUAAAUGACUAACGCCCCGUAACACUCACGUCAGUAGCCAUGAAAUGCUUUGAUUUGAUGGUCAUGACUCACAUCAAAACCAUCAUCCCGGAAACCCUAGACCCACUCCAAUUCGCAUACCACCCCAACAGAUCCACAGAUGACGCAAUCUCAAUCGCACUCCACACUGCCCUUUCCCACCUGGACAAAAGGAACACCUAUAUGAGAAUGCUGUUCAUUGACUACAGCUCAGCGUUCAACACCAAAGUGCUCACAAAGCUCAUCACUAAUCUAAGGACCCUGGGACUAAACACCUCCCUCUGCAACUGGAUCCUGGACUUCCUGACAGGCCGCCCCCAGGUGAUAAGGGUAGGCAACAACACAUCUGCCACACUGAUCCUCAACACUGGGGCCCCUCAGGGGUGCGUGCUUAGUCCCCUCCUGUACUCCCUGUUCACCCUUGACUGCGUGGCCAAGCACGACUCCAACACCAUCAUUAAGUUUGCUGAUGACACAACAGUGUUAGGCUUGAUCACCAACAACGAUGAGACAGCCUAUAGAGAGAAGGUCAGAGACCUGGCAGUGUGGUGCCAGGAAAACAACCUAUCCCUCAAUGUGAGCAAGACAAAUGAGCUGAUCGUGGACUACAGGAAAAGGAGGGCCGAACAGGCCCCUAUUAACGACGGGGCUGUAGUGGAGCAGGUCGAGAGUUUCAAGUUCCUUGGUGUCCAUAUCACCAACAAACUAUCAUGGUCCAAACACACCAAGACAGUCAUGGAGACAACACCUUUCCCCCCCAGGAGACUGAAAAUAUUUGGCAUGGGUCCCCAGAUCCUCAAAAAGUUAUACAGCUGCACCACUGAGAACAUCCUGACCGGUUGCAUCACCGACUGGUAUGGCAACUGCUCGGCAUCCGACCGUAAGGCACUACAGAGGUUAGUGCGUACAGCCCAGUACAUCACUGGGGCCAAGCUUCCUGCCAUCCAGGACCUACUGUAUAUACUAGGCGGUGUCAGAAGAAAAUUGUCAAAGAAUCCAGUCACCCAAGUCAUAGACUGUUCUCUCUGCUACCGCAUAGCAAGCGGUACCGGAGCGCCAAGUCUAGGUCCAAAAGGCUCCUUAACAGCUUCUACCCCCAAGCCAUAAGACUGCUGAACAACUAAUCAAAUGGCCACCUGGACUAUUUACAUUGACCCCCCCUCGCUGUUUAUUAUCUAUGCAUAGUCCCUACCUACCUCGACUAACCUGUACCCCCGCACAUUGACUCGAUACCGGUAACCCCUGUAUAUAGCCUCGUUAUUGUUAUUUUAUUGUGUUAUUUUUCAUUUUUUACUUUAAAUAUUUUCUUAACUCUAUUUCUUGAACUGCAUUGUUGGUUAAGGGCUUGUAAGUAAGCAUUUCACGGUAAGGUUGUACCUGUUGUAUUCCGUAUGUGACAAAUAAAAUGUGAUUUGAAUUUGAUUUGAUUAUCCCACCCCUGGUUAGCCAAUAUUAGCUUAAAAAGUCAAACCUAAAACAAUUUCCAGCAAUAUUGCCCCUUUCUGUCCGUGUGGUGUGGGAAUUUUUCUAUCACUCUGUGUGUAGCCAAUAGUGAUGGGUCGUUUGCGAAUUAAUGGCUCUUUUUGAACUUCUUUUUUUGGUGAACAUCAGGAACCGAAUCGCAUAUGUGAAAGAGCCAUUCAUUUGGCUCCCUGAUUUGCGUACUUUUACUAUUGCUUUUUGAGCAGUUAUCUGGAGAUAAAUUAUAAAACAUUCUCUGAGGAUGAUAAUUCCUCAGUGCAGGAACUAUAUAGUGAGGAGUCGUCCAUUUUUUUUUGUAGGCCAUCUAAUAAUUUGGUCAGUUAAAAAGGAAUUUGAACUCACAUUUCACGUUCUGACAUAAUGGUAGGCAACGUUUCAGGCUUUUAAUGAGAGAUUUACUAUUUUUUCAUGUUUUAGGUCAAUAUCUAAGCAUUACUGAACGAAGAGCCGUUUGGGAGCCAAAUUAACUUAUCUUUUAGGUGAAUGGAGCCAAAUGAGCCGGCUCACAGAAAAGACUCGGAAUGCCCAUCACUAGAGCCAGUUGAUGUGAUAACUGGCUUGUGGGUUGACAGAAAUACUGUUAAUGGCAAAGUAGGCUUACCUGGCAGAAGUAUAUCAUGAGUAAGUUUAUCAUUUGUAUCUAUUAUGUGUUAUUUGGCGGCAGGUAGCUUAGUGGUUAAGAGCGUUGUGCCAGUAACUGAAAGGUCACUGGUUCUAAUCCCCGAGCCGACUAGGUGAAAAAUCUGUCGAUGUGCCCUUGAGCAAGGCACUUAACCCUAAUUGCUCCUGUAAGUCGCUCUGGAUAAGAGCGUCUGCUAAAUGACCAAUUAUUUAUUUUUAAUUAUUAUUUGCAAACUUUGCCAUGAAGUGAGCAGCAGCAGUACAGAACCAUCACUAGACAGGAACAUUAGAUGGCACACUAGAUGUGCAAUUAAAGGGCAAGAUGCCCAAUUAAAGGGGAAUUACAGACCAACAUUUUUUUUUUCUGAUGUGAAUUAAGCAUUGACAUUUACUCAGAACAUCCAAUUUCGCUGUUUCUCGAUAAACAAUUGUAAUUUUGAGACUGAAACCCCCCAAAAAAUCUAAAACCAGGAAAAAUAAACCUGAGAAAACAUAAUUUGGGAAAAUAUAAAACAAAAUAUGGCAAAGAAAUCACUGAUUUAUUUAGUGGCCCCCUAAGAGCUUUUUAUUAAUCAUUAUUUUACCAGGUACACUACCAGUCAAACGUUUGGACAAACCUACUCAUUCAAGGGUUCUUCUUUAUAUUUACUAUUUUUUACAUUGUAGAAUAAUAGUGAAGACAUCAAAAGUACUUAAUAACACAUAUGGAAUCAUAUAGUAACCAAAAAAGUGUUAAACAAAUCAAAAUAUAUUUUAUAUUUGAGAUUAUUCAAAUAGCCACCCUUUGCCUUGAUGACAGCUUUGCACACUCUUGGCAUUCCCUCAACCAGCGUCAUGAGGUAGUCACCUGGAAUGUAUUUAAAUUAACAUUGUGGAAUUUCUUUGUUGUGAUAAGGUAGGGGGUAUACAGAAGAUAGCCCUAUUUGGUAAAAGACCAAGUCCAUAUUAUGGCAAGAACAGGUCAAAUAAGUAAAGAGAAACGACAGUCCAUCAUUAAUAGAAGACAUGAAGGUCAGUCAAUACGGAAAAUUUCGAAUAUUCGAAUUUUGAAUAAAUUGUGUGUAGAGUAUUUUUUAUUUAUUUAACUAGGCAAGUCAGUUUAGAACAAAUUCUUAUUUACAAUGACAGACUACCCUGGCGCUGCUGGGCCAAUUGUGCACCGCCCUAUGGGACUCCCAAUCACAGCCUGAUUGUGAUAUAGCCUGGAAUCGAACCAGGGUCUUUAGUGACGCAUCUAGCACUGAGAUGCUUCAGAGCGCUGCGCCACUCGGGAGCCCAUGCUUUAUGAAAUCUAAAGGCUUCUCUCCAUCCUCUCUUGGUUCUUCAGGAGCUGCGUGAGCUGCAGGGCCAGAUCAAGGACACCUCUGUCGUGGUGGAGAUGGACAACAGCCGUAACCUGGACAUGGACUCCAUCGUGGCCGAAGUGCGCGCUCAGUACGAGGACAUCGCCAACCGCAGCAGAGCUGAGGCCGAGACCUGGUACACGCAGAAGGUAAGCCCCUUCUCCAGUGAGGCACCCGAAACCCCUCACGCCUACGUGACCUUUCCGAGAUUCAAAACUGGCUAUGCUCCAAUGUCCAUACUAGCAUAUCACUGAGAAUGGAUGCCCAAUGCCUAAAUGGUGUGCUAGUGUGGAGACCAGUGGAGGCUGCUGAGGGGAGGAUGGCUUAUAAUAAUGUCUGGAAUGGAAUCAAUGGAAUGUCUCAGGUAUCCACUCUGCUAGCCAGAAGCUAGCAUUGAUGGAUGACUUCACUGUUAUGUUAUGUCUCUAUGUUUUGGCUGCUGACAGUAACGUGAUUUUGUCUCUGUAACAGUAUGAACAGAUGCAGGUGUCAGCCAGCAACUAUGAGGACGACCUGAAAAACACCAAGGCAGAGAUCGCAGAUAUCAACCGCAAAAUCAUGAGAUAUCAGUCUGAAAUUGAUAUGAUAAAGGGUCAGGUGAGUGCCACAUUAUGUUCCUCAAUAAAUAUGUAUCCCAGUGUAUUUUUAUGUAACACCCCUGGUGUGGAUAGACUUUCUCUCCUACUCAGUGGUAGGGUAACCAACAUCUACCAAUACGAACAUGACUAAAAACAUUGUUUGCCUGAAAACAGCGCGGCCACCUGGAGAACCAGAUCGCUGAGGCAGAGGAGCGUGGUGAGCUGGCGGUGAAGGAUGCCAGGCUUCGCAUUAACGACCUCAAGGUGGCCCUGCAGAGAGCCAAACAGGAUAUGACCAUGCAAGUACGCCAGUACCAGGAGCUGAUGAAUGUCAAGCUGGCCCUGGACAUUGAGAUCGCCACCUACAGGAAGCUGCUGGAAGGAGAGGAGAGCAGGUACGAGACUUGGGACCAUGUUCUUUUAGUCACAGGAAGGAGGAAAUCAUUCAGGCAUGAGAGCAUUAAAACAUUGUGUUGAAUGACCAGACUCUAAGAUUAGGAGAAUUUGGAGAAUUUGAUAAUGACCAAUUAGUUCAUUUGCUCACUGAACACUCUCUCUCUCUCGGAGGUUAGGUCUCUCUGGGUAUCGGCGUGGUUCGUCGUAGAGAAGAGGAUAUCUGUCUGUCUCGGAGAGAGUAGAGAGAGAGAUUGCAGAGCGAGAGAGAGAGAGAGCGAGAGAGGAGGAGAGAGAGAAGAGAGAGAGAGAGAGAGAGAGAGAGAGAGAGAGAGAGCGAGAGGGAGCGAGAGAGAGAGAGCUAGCAGCGUGGAGAGACGAGGAGAGCGAGAGAGAGAGAUUCGUCUCUAGCUCUCUCUCUAUCUCUCUCUCUCUCUCUCUCUCUCUCUCUCUCUCUCUCUCUCUCUCUCUCUCUCUCUCCCUCCCCUCCCCCCCCUCAGGCUGGUGAAUGGAAUCAAGUCGGUCAACAUCUCCAAACAGUCUUCUUGUAAGUGAAUGCCCUCACACCCCACAGCUAUGCUGUUUCACUUAUUGUUUAUUACUUAUUAAUGUACACCACAGGUGGUUCGUGGCACCUUAAUUGGGGAGGGCAGACUUGUGGUAAUGGUUCGUGAUAUGGGUGUCCAUAAGAGUCCAUAAGAGGAAUGAGUGGAAUGGUAUCAAAUACAUUAAACACAUGGUUUCUAUGUGUUUGAUGCCAUUCCAUUUACUCCAUUUCAGCCAUUGUUAUGAGCUGUCCUCCACUCAGCAGCCUCCACUGAUGUACAUUGUACCUGUCAAAUAAAUGGGAGAAAUAAAUAACACAAAUCCAUGUUAACUCCAAUAACCCGACGUGUUCAUUUCCACUUCCAGCAAUGAACUACAACUCUUACCCCCUGGAGAGCAGUCGCACCACCAGUUAUGUCAGCGGCUCAAUGGGGGGAUACAAGGGCAGCAGCACCAGCUACGGCAUCAGCACUUACGCCAGUUGCCAUGAGAGCAGCCAUGUAGGCAGCAGCUUCGACCUGCCUGGCAGCAUCACCCUGGGAGGCACCAACGGUAUCCAGGUCUCUACCAGCAGAGACGUGGAUGCCAGCAUCAGCCUGGGAGGUGCCAAAGGCACCAGCAGAGACGUGGAUGCCAGUAUCAGCCUGGAAGGCAGCAACAGCAUGGCUACCAGCAGAGACAUGGAUGCCAGCGUCAGUGUCGAUAGCAGUUCCACUGUCCCAAACACCAAAUCCCAGACCACCUUCGUCAAGACUGUUGAAGCCGAGGUGACCUUGAAUGUGGCUUCUGAUGCGGCGUCCGACCAUGCCGAGGAACAGCCGGCUGAGAGCGACGAA